GGAAUUCACCAGUGCACCUGUCAUUUCGACACGGACCAAAACACGUGCAAAUAAAUCUUUAUUUUCUGGGAUUUUUUGCACUGAAAAAUAUAAUAAAGUUCAGUAUUAUUGUGCCUUUAGUGUGUGUAGUUUGUAGUGAUAGAGAAAACCCUGGGAAAUUGUGGAAAACAAGGUGGGAAAUUGAGAAGAUUUGGCAUGGUACAGAGAUUCACCUAAAUGGCUGAAAUUUUGGGAGGUUUUUGAUGACGAUUCAUGUCGCAUUUUGCAUGAUAAACAUUGAUCUGUUCGUUUUUCUGGGACAUAAAAAUAUUUUUGUACAUAAUCUUCUGAUGCAAUCACUUGUGAUUGACGAGAGAAAAGGGGUAUCAAAACACAAUGUUUUCGCUGAGACGAUUCAGUCGGGAAUUGUAUCUCGUGUGGAAAGGAAGUCAAUCCGGGAAGUGUUCAAUCAUGAAGAACAAAUUAAUGAGGGGCGUCUCUGUUGAGAAAAAACUAUUGAUACACAGCAAUAGCUUCAGCAGAAUGGCCAAGCUGAUCGAUGGACUGCAGAUCUCUAAGCAGAUCCGUGAGGAAUUGCGUGGGCAAGUUGAAGAGUGGGUCAAAGAAGGGAACAGGAAGCCACAGCUGACGGCAGUGCUCAUUGGCGAAGAUCCAGCCAGUCAGACUUAUGUGAAAAACAAGAUGAAGGCUGCAGCUGAAGUAGGAAUAGAAAGCACAACGCGGAAUCUCCCAGACACAAUCUCAGAAGAGGAAUUGCUAGAGAUAAUUGAUGAACUGAAUCAGAGUGACAAAGUUGAUGGGAUUCUGGUUCAGCUUCCACUUCCUCAUCACAUCCACGAACGUCGGAUUUGCAAUGCCGUGAGCUGUGACAAAGAUGUCGAUGGAUUCAAUGAGAAGAAUGUAGGGAGAUUGUGUUUAGACAUGAACACUCUGAUCCCGUGCACUCCGUUGGGUGUUCAGGAACUCCUCAAACGAACAGGCAUUGAGACCUUUGGGAAGAAUGCCGUGGUUGUUGGACGCAGCAAGAAUGUGGGAAUGCCAAUUUCGAUGCUGCUCCAUGCCGAUGGACGCAAUGACACCGAUGCCAUGGAUGCCACAGUGACCAUUUGCCACAGAUUCACUCCACCGGAAGAGCUGGCGCGCUUCUGCAAAAGCGCAGACAUCAUUGUCAGUGCCACAGGAGUGCCUGGACUCAUCCGGGCGGAUAUGGUGAAACCCGGGGCAUGUGUCAUCGAUGUGGGUAUCACUAGGAUCAAGGAUGACAUCACUGGGAAAACGCGUCUUGUGGGGGAUGUUGAUUUUGAGGAAGUUCGGAAGGUUGCUGGACACAUAACGCCCGUUCCUGGUGGAGUUGGUCCCAUGACAGUCGCCAUGCUCAUGAAGAACACCAUAAUUGCAGCCAAGAAUCUACAGAAGCAGCGAAGAUCAUAAAGUUGGCAUUUUAUUUUUUAAUAAAUCAAUUUUCCAGCGA